CCGGCCCCGCCCCUCAGCUUCCCUGUGGCCUGCGGCUCCCGGGCCGGUAGCGCUGCUUGUGGGUCGCGCGGACAGAUCCUGUGGAAAUCGCGGGUCUCAGGCGCUCUCCGCCGGUCACUGCUCAGCUCCGCGCCGCCGACGCCGUCAGUCCCGUGCGUUCACUAUGGACUUCGAGGACGAUUAUACACACUCUGCUUGCAGGAAUGUUUAUCAGGGAUUUAAUGGGAUGGAUCGUGAUUAUGGCCCUGGAUCUUAUGGAGGGAUGGAUCGUGACUAUGGCCAUGGAUCCUAUGGGGGUCAAAGAUCCAUGGAUUCCUACCUAAACCAGUCAUAUGGCAUGGACAAUCACAGUGGUGGUGGUGGGGGUAGCAGGUUUGGACCUUAUGAGUCUUACGACUCCAGGUCUUCUCUGGGUGGGCGAGAUCUGUACAGAUCUGGCUAUGGUUUUAAUGAACCCGAACAAAGCCGCUUCGGAGGUAGUUAUGGUGGUCGAUUUGAGAGCUCCUACCGGAAUAGCCUUGACUCUUUCGGAGGUAGAAACCAGGGCGGGUCUAGCUGGGAAGCACCUUACUCCCGUUCAAAAUUGAGGCCUGGGUUUAUGGAGGACAGAGGAAGAGAGAAUUACUCUUCCUACAGCAGUUUUUCUUCACCCCAUAUGAAGCCUGCACCUGUAGGCUCUCGGGGGAGAGGAACGCCUGCUUAUCCUGAAAGUACGUUUGGAAGCAGAAACUAUGAUGCUUUUGGAGGACCAUCAACAGGCAGAGGCCGAGGCCGAGGACAUAUGAGUGAUUUUGGAAGCAUUCAUAGACCUGGCAUUGUUGUUGACUAUCAAAACAAACCCACCAAUGUGACAGUUACUGCUGCAAGAGGAAUAAAGAGAAAAAUGAUACAACCAUUUAAUAAACCCAGUGGAACCUUUAUUAAGAAACCCAAGCUAGCCAAACCUGUGGAGAAGAUAAAUCCCAGCAAAUCACCCACAAAAACUGAUCCUAAAAAGGAAGAAGAAGAAAAACGACGAAUUGAGGCCCGUCGAGAGAAACAAAGACGCAGAAGAGAAAAAAACAGUGAGAAAUAUGGCGAUGGAUACAGAAUGGCAUUCACAUGCUCAUUUUGUAAAUUUCGAACAUUUGAAGAAAAAGAUAUCGAACUACAUCUAGAAAGUCCCUCCCACCAGGAAACAUUAGAUCAUAUUCAGAAACAAACCAAAUUUGACAAAGUGGUUAUGGAGUUUCUGCAUGAGUGUAUGGUAAAUAAAUUCAAGAAGACAUCUCUUCGUAAGCAACAGACAAAUAAUCAAGCAGAAAUAGUAAAAAUAAUAGAAAAAGAUGUUAUGGAAGGUAUUACUGCAGAUGACCACAUGAUGAAAGUAGAGACUGUUCACUGCAGUGCUUGCAGUGUCUAUAUUCCUGCUUUACAUAGUUCAGUGCAGCAACACUUAAAAUCUCCUGAUCAUAUCAAAGGGAAGCAGGCUUAUAAGGAACAAAUAAAAAGAGAGAGUGUCUUGACUGCUACAAGCAUUUUAAAUAAUCCAAUAGUGAAGGCUCGGUAUGAACGCUUUAUUAAGGGUGAAAAUCCUUUUGAAAUUCAGGACCACUCUCAAGAUCAGCAAAUUGAAGGAGAUGAAGAAGAAAAGAUUGGUGAACCUAUUGAAGAGGAGGAGGAGGAGGAAGAAGAAGAGGAGGAGGCGGGGGAAACAGAAGAAGUGGAUGAAGUAGAGGGAGCAGAAGCAGGACAAGGUGCAGGACUAGAGGAAGUAGGAGUCAUAGGAGAGGAUCACAUAGAGAGUGUGGGGGAACAUGAGGCCUCAGGAGAAGGAGAUCAAGGAGUAGAGGAAGUAGGGGAAGUAGAGGGAGAAUCAAAGGAAGAUUCUGUCAACUUACCUAUUGACCAGCCCCAAGAGAAUUAAAUAUAAGAGAUUAAUUAGUCAGAUUUGAAAGGAGCUUUAAAAUUCUGUUUUAAUGUGGAAAAGGGUAAGAAUUUUAAUAAUUUAAAAUAUGAGAACUAAAACCAUGUUGCAUGCAUUUCACACAUUAAAACUUGUUUUAUAUAAUUUCUAAAUGUUUGGCAUUUGUUUAAUAAAAAAGUAAGACUUUUAGUUUUUAUAGCUACAAAACUUAGGUUCAGUAAAUUGUAUAAUUUCUAAGUUUAAUUUUUAUUAUUUUAUUGGUGUUAAGAAUAACAAAUGUGUAAUGUUAGUGUUAUCUAUUCUAAUCAUUUGACUUGAACUUAAAUGCUGCUUUUGGACGUAUAUAUUCAAAUGUGCAUUAAUGUUUUGAAUACUUACCCUAGAAUAGGUAAAUUGGGCAAGUAUUUUGUGCUCUGUGUAUUUUUUUACUGCAUUAGACAUUGAAUAGUUAUUUGCAUUAAGAUACACUUAAAUGCUUUUUUGUGACCAUGUUUCCCUUUGUAGCAAUAAAGUGUUUUUUACAAAACAGUUUCUCCUUGGACUAGCAAUUUUAAAUCAGAAUUCUUCAAUUAAAUUAGUAUUUAAAAUUAGGAUUUGCCUUAAUGUAUGAGUUUAGCUCAGAAGUAUUUCAAGGUGAUUGAGAUGACUUGAAUUAAAUAAAAAUAAUUAUCUCAGUCAUCAUGUUAAAAAGUAUAGCUGAAAUAUUUUUAACAUAUUUAAAAUGAAAGUCAAUACCUGAUUUGUUUAUACUUGUUUUAAUUCAUUUCUUUGUGCCUAUGUCAGAUCUUGAAAAUUUUUAAAUAUAUUUGAAUACAAAUAAUUUUCCAUAGUUGUGAUCUUUUGUUAUAUCCACUUCUGGUAUGUACUAAGAAACAAACUAUUAUUUCUAAAAAUAAAACACUUAUUUUUCUUUUA